GGAUCCCUGUAAGGCCCCACCCCCGUCGCACGCCGCGCCGUCGUCCCCAACUCCGCCUCCGCCCAGCGCCCGCCGGGUCUCCUUCUCCUCCAGCCGUCGCCACGGGCCAGACGCUCAGGGCUCAGGCCACCGCGCGCCCCCGCCCUCACGCAGGCGUCGCGCCGCCGGCUCAGGGCACUAGGCGUCUAGGCCGCCGCGGUCCGCGCGUCCGUGACCCGGUCUCCCCGCCUGCUCCGGUCGAGGACGCCGCGUCCCCCGCCCCCUGCUCCAAAGCCCGUCGGUGGCGGUGAGCUUCCCCGCCUCCGAUCUCUUUCUUUCUCGUCUACUCCCUCCCGUUCCGGCCGGAGAUCCGCCCCGCACCCUCCGCGGCAGAUCCAGUCCACCGGCGAUGCAGUUCUUCGGCGGCUCCUCGCUGACGUCGGUCGCGCCGGAUGCGAGCCCGGCCCCGGCGGCGCCCCCCGGCACGGGCACCGGCGCCAACGCGCAGGUGCUCUACGUCUUCAACCGCAACGGCGUCUGCCUGCUCUACCGCGAGUGGCACCGCCCGCUCCGCACCCUCGACCCCACCCAGGACCACAAGCUCAUGUUCGGGCUCCUCUUCUCCCUCCGAUCCUUCACCGCCAAGAUCGACCCGACCACGGCUGAAAAGGGUAAUCUUGGGGUGCCACUACUGCCAGGACAAGGCUGUUCAUUUUAUAGCUUCAAGACAAACACAUACAAAUUGAACUUCAUGGAGAGCCCUUCUGGUAUAAAGCUUAUUCUAAUCACACAUCCAAGGACUGGUGAUCAACGAGAUUCGUUGAAGCAUAUCUACAACCUAUAUGUGGAGUAUGUUGUAAAAAAUCCUUUGUAUGCCCCUGCCACACCAAUCAAGUGUGAACUUUUCAAUAAACAUCUUGAUCAAUAUGUGAGAACCUUAAUUUGAAUCAGUGAGACUUGGAUGGUGGGGUAUUAGCUAAAAAGGGUCACAUUCUAUAUCCUUUAUUUUGGCGGUUUCACCAUGCUGCUUGAGCAUGACUCAUCGAGAAAGAUCUAUGUCAAGGGUGCUACAGACUUUUCUGGUGGGAAAAUGCUCACGCUCAUAUUGUGCUUGUACAAUUGGCUCAUGCAUUUAGAUGGUACAAAGCUGCUGUCGUAUUGUGUACUGACUUCAGUUUGACAGCUCUAUUGUGACUACACUCCUGUAGAUUACUUGUUUGAUCAUGACGGUUGCGCUAUUGGUUUCAUAUGUUGUCUUCAGAUGAUUAAUCCAUGGGUUAUCUGGUCAUCGUUCAGGUUUUCCCUAUCUAUUGAUCACCUUGUCAGA